GCCAUCAAAGGGUCAUACAACCGUGACAUUGACGCAUCCACCGCCGUUUGUCUCGCAUCACCACCCUCGCCAGCCUUUAAUAGUCCACCGACGCCCACUCAUCUGGCGUGCCCAGUGAAUAAUCACUCUUCAACUCCAACAACAGCAUUCGCCAAAAGUGCCAGUGCCCCACCACAAUAUACCAAAAUGUUCAACCGUCUUCGUCGAGCAUCUUCCUCCUCCGUCGAGAGCGUACCGACACCUGCUCGCCGCCAUUCUCUCGCCUGCGAACCCGACCAUUCAUGUGAGGGACUCAGCGCCAGCGGCAUCAGGCAACUAUGGCGGUGCAUGCUAGAGCUCCAGGAGCGAUAUGGCUGCUACCACUCGGCGAGGAUUGAUGUCGCCAUGGAAGCCGGUGACGAGGGUGUGGAUUAUAUGCCCAACCGCUUCAUCAUCGACACCCUGAACAACUCGGUCAUUGAUUCUCUGCCCGAGGAAGGCUGGGAGCUGCUGGACAAAUGCCUGCACCCCGAGUCCUCCCUCAAGAAAUGAAAUCCUCGACCACUUCUAUAAUCAACACAUCUCCCCUUUCAAUACUUUGGCUAUUUUUCUUCCUUUCACAGCUGGCAUUUUGGGCGUUCAAAGCAUAUCCCUUGGGACACACUUCACUUCACGGAUACCCCCUUUUACUCAUCGCUCUCACCGCGCUACUUUAUUUACAGCAUACAUCUU